AUGGAUUAUGCUGGUGUUGAAACAUCACCACAACAAUUCAGUCCUACUGUUGAUCAGAAUUUGAGUGAAAAUCAUGAUGUACCUGAUGAGCUUCUCCAAAGUAUAAGUUUGGAUUAUAAUCUUUCUGAGAAGAUUGUUCAUCAUGAUGUUCGAAUCACUGAUGAAAAGGUGGAUCAAAGAAAUUUGUUUGAUUCGCAGUUUACAAUCCCAGAUGAUUUGUUACCAAGUCUUAAUGCAUAUCGGAGAGAAAGUAUCAUGACACAUCCAUCAACAACUCGUGAAGAAGAACCCAGCGUUGAACAUUUCAAUGAUAAGAAGUCUGAAUCUGUUGUUCAAGAUCAUUGUCAGGAAAACAAAGAGAACGUUGGAUCGAGCUCUAAACCAGACAUGCACGGAGAGGUUGAUCUUGGUACGGAGGAGCAAAUCCUGACAACUCCUAAAAUACAAGAAUUAACUACGGAUGAACAAAGGGAUGAACCAAUUUGGCAUGAUUCACAAAACACAAUCUCUGAUGAGCUGCUUCCUAGUUUGAAUGUCUACAGUAGUAAAAGCAUCAUUGUUCAUCCCUCUCGUGAACUUCAAACCCCCGUUCACAAAUUACAGAUUAGGAAACCAUCCAAAUUCAAGGAGUCAUCUUACAUGAUGAAAUUUGGUUCAGCUGCCGAGAGCUCAGCGGGGCACAUACGUAUAUUCCCCCAGAAACAUCCAUUUGUUUAUCACCCGAUUGAUGGGAUAGUGGAUACGAAGAUUCAAAUUGAUAUUUGCUUCUACUACUUGACGAAGAAGUCGAAGUAUGACCCCAACAGGUCUUACAAAUUCAGCACAGUAGAUUGCAACUUUAUGAACAUAAUUAGGUCUGUUCAUGACGUUUAUUCUGUGGAUGAUGCAAACCUUACUGCGGGAGGACAGGCGACCCAUCUUAAUGAAUACAUAAAUGAGUUUCGUAUGUAUGCUGCUGUGCCAUGGCAUACGGUGGAAGACAUUUAUAUUCCAUGUGAUUUCUACGUUAAGAAAGGAAUUGAUGUUGAAAACCAUCCAAGAUACAAAGACAAAGACUCGUUAGAUGUGUUUGAUGUGUUAUUUCAAGAGAAUUUGCCUCAACAACCGAGUGAAAGCUUAGUGCCUUUUUAUGGUCACAAAGUUCUUGCGAAUGAGUUCGACCCCAAUGCACUCCGUAUAAGAUAUGCUGCACUUUUGUGGGACUAUGGGAACCGAAAAUAA